AGCCCGGCAGAGGAGGCGCGCGGAGGAACCGGGGCGGCCAUGGGGACGCCCAGCGCGUUGCUGCUGAUGGGCGUGAGCGGCUCGGGGAAAUCGACCGUGGGCGCUCUGCUGGCAUCUCAGCUGGGAUGGAAAUUCUAUGAUGCAGAUGACUAUCACCCAGAGGAAAAUCGGAUGAAGAUGGGCAAAGGGAUCCCGCUGAAUGACCAGGACAGGAUUCCAUGGCUCUGCAACUUGCAUGGCAUUUUACUAAGAGAGGUAGCCUCAGGGCAGCGUGUGGUUCUAGCUUGUUCGGCUCUGAAGAAAAUGUACAGAGACAUCUUAAUACGAGGCAGUGAUGGGGCCCCUCAGACAUGUGAUGAGUCGAGCAAGGAAGAAAAGCUGCCUGAGGUAAAGCUUUUUGUGGUCCACUUGAGUGGGUCGUCUGAGGUCAUCUCUGGACGCUUACUCAAAAGAAAAGGACAUUUUAUGCCCCCUGACCUACUGCUGUCCCAGUUCAAUACUCUGGAGCCCCCAUCAGCUCCAGAAAACUUCAUCCAAGUCAGUGUGGACCAAGAGCUUUCAGAGAUCAUCACCACCAUUCUGGAAAUGCUAAAAGUGCAGUGAGAACCAUCUCACAUCAGUGGCCCAGAACAGAAGCCGACGUAUCCUUGCGAAUACUGGAUUCUAAGUUCUUCAGGUGAACAAAUCAUAAUUUCGCCCAGGUAUACUUGUUUGGCUAUAUUUCUAGGGAUUUGAGACACCCUUGGCAUCAUGCUUUGGUGCAUGGGGGAGGGGAGAGGGAGCUUUAAAAGUAAAGCUUAAUUGAAGUUUAAAGGCACCUGUGAUCCGAUCAAACGCUCAGAGGAAAUUCUGUAAUCAAUGCUGACGAUCAAGGCCUUGUUUAGAACAUUCCUGAUCAUGCCUGUAUUUGUACAAAUAAAUGAGACUUUACUAUCCUUGGCACACCCUAGAAAUUGGUCUCAGGAGCAGAAACACGUACAAAAGCGACCCCUCACCAGCAGGUCAUUCCACGCGACACAAUGUCCUCUCUGUCCUUCAACGUGGUUUAAAGCAGGGACUCUUAAGCUGGGGUCCAAAAAGAUAGUAAUGGGGGAACCAGCAAACUUCAUCCAAACCCACUGAAACCAAACCCAGUGCCGUCGAGUCGAUUCCGACUCAUAGCGACCCUAUAGGACAGGGUAGAACUUCCCGAUAGAGUUUCCAAGGAGCGCCUGGCAGAUUUGAACUGCUGACCUCUUGGUUAGCAGCCAUAACACUUAACCACUAUGCCAUCAGGGUUUCCAUAAACUUCAUCCAGCUCUUCAAAAAGCCUCAUGCAAACGUAUUUACCAGCAGCAAUACCAACUUUCUUGCCUCUUGGCUAAAACCAUGUCAGCUUAACCUGGGAACAUUGUCCGCUAAUCAGAAGCUCUGAUUAGCAGUUGUGUGACUUCAACAUCGAAAAUUAAACAGCUACUUAAAAGGUAGAGCAGCCAACAAAAUCUUUUCUGAUAAUAAAAAGGAUCAUUUCUGGUAGAAUAAAAAUUGAAAAUGAUUAGAGAGAAUAGUAGGGGAGCUGCCAGAGUAGUUCCUUUGAGCAGUUCCUACCCCAGAAUGUCUGAAAUUUGCAGAGUCAAGGGCUGGAGGAGACAGACCUUAGUGAUAUUCCCAAAGCAUGCAACAAGGCUGCUGUGAUGUGCAAACCGAAAUGCCAAACCCUCUACUGUCGAGUUGAUUCCGGCUCAUGGAGGCCCCACGUUAGAGCAGAACUGCUCCAUGGGGUUUUCUUGCCUGUAAUCUUUACAGAAGCGGAUCGCCAGGACUUCUGUCCGUAGUGCGUCUGGGUGGGUCUGAAGCGCCAACCUUUAGGUUAGUAGUUGCGGGCAAACCACUUGUGGGCGCAGGGUUUCACCUGUCAGGGAUUUCAGGCAGUGCGGUAACCCAAGGCACAUAGUGAGAAGUACCCCCUUUGCUUUUCUCAGGGAGCCCUGGCUGCACUGGCUAAACUCUCGGCUGCUGGAACCCACCAGCUGCUGCACGGGAGAAAGAUGUGGCAGUCUACUUCCAUGAAGAUUACAGCCUUAGAAACCCUCUGGGGCAGUUCUCUGUUUUCCCUGCGGUGCAGAGUCUAGUGUGUCUUCAUGUACCCCGCCCCCCAACUUGCCGAUGUCCCUCUUUAACGGAGCACAGGCCUCAGGCUCAGGGCCCUGACAACCUCUGCGAUUUAAUCACUUUCUUACUGCUCCUGAUGUUUUUUAGGUUCCUUCUCAAGUUUUCGAUUUAAAAUAGUGAUAUAGCACUUUCUUUAGAAUAUACGUUUAUGUUAAAGUGGUUCAUUUAAAGGUAAACAAAAAGUACACAUGGCUCAUGGAGAUGCAAAAAUUGUGCAGGUGGAACUUGAGUGAAGGAAGCUUGGCCUCACUGAUCCAGUCUACCCCCUCAUUUUACAGAGGGGAACCAGGGUUCCGAAAGCUCGGUGAGGCCGGGCUAGUGCCAGCACCCUCCUGACGUAAGAGACUGUACAGGAGGCCAUCAGUAACAAACACUGGCCAGGAAGGAACACUUAACCCUUUGUGCCACCCAGGGAGCCCAUCCUGGGCCUUAGGCCUAGCUUUUCUGUGGUGAUGACAAGAAACCUGAGCAACUUGUACAUACGCAGAUCCCUGCCCCCCACCCCAGCCUACUGAACCACCAUCCUGGGCCUUAGGCCUAGCUUUUCUGUGGUGAUGACAAGAAACCUGAGCAACUUGUAAAUACGCAGAUCCCUGGCCCCCACCACCCCAGCCUACUGAACCAGCAUCUGUAACGAAGGGCCCAGGUCUCUGUCUGAAAACUCCACAGCUGACCCAUGAGGCCCCAGGGCUGGGAACCACCAUGUACGGUCUGAUGAGCAGGACCAUUCUGAUACCCCAUUGGUGCUGAGCCCACCCUGACAGCAGCAUCAGGGAGGCCAUUGAGAACGGUGAAGUUUAGGGCUAGAUUGGUUCUGACCAAGCAAGGACCAUAUAAGGCAACUCGAGAAGGGCCACAGACGAUGUGCAAUCUCUGAAGUGGUGCUUUGGGCUGGCGACAGGGUGGAGAGCCCCUGCUCCAGGAGGGCACUAAAGUGGGGUGGCUGAUUUGGCUGGGAUCCCUUGCACAAGGGGCCAUAGAAAAGAAUGGAAUGGAUUCCCUUUUCUGAUUUACAUGGCCUUGGGCAUAUCCCAGAGACAGCACACCACAGGGAAAGCUGGGUUUUCUGUCCAGAGGAGAAAGUGUCUAUUUAAUGCCAUCUUAAUAAAGGCGGGGUCUUCCAAUCUCAAGAUACCUGUUCAGGACAAUGGGAAGUGUUUCUCUUGGCUUAGCAGUGGGGGGCAAGAUGGUGGGCUGUGAGGCCUUCAGGUGAAGUAAAUACACAAAUAACAGAAAACCCAAACGAGAUGCUAUCAAAUCAGUUCCCACUCAUGGUGACCCCAUGUGUGUCAGGGUAGAACUGUCCUCCAUAGAGUUUUCAAUGGCUGAUUUUUUGAAAGUAAAUUAUUGGGCCUUUUUUUCUGAUUUGUGUCUGGGUGGACUCGAACCUCCAACCUUUCAGUUAGCAGGAGAGUACAUUAACUGCACCAUCCAGGGACUCCCAUUCAUGGAGGAUCAAUGAGAAACAGUCUGUUCAUAAUGAUCUGAGCACAGAAACCAACUCUAUUUAAUAUAGAAAUGAAAAAUUUUUUUGAGGUUUUAAUAUACACUAAAAUUUCCAAGAAUGCAGUAACCUUUUAAAUAAAAGGACAAUUGUAUUUCAUUUUACACUUUACCAAGAAUUGUCUACCUUUUUAGAAAACUGUGGUGCAUUUCUGCCACCAAUACAACCCACCUCCUUCCAUCUGCAUUUAUAAUUCCUCAUUCACAGCGAUACACCUGUGGACACAACCAUCUAACUAUAAACUACAUUCUUUCAGUGUAGGUGCACCAAGCAUUACAUACUGAAACACACUGGUUAAUUAAAAGCUACUGUUGUGGAUUGAAUUGUGUCCCCAAAAAAUGUGUGUCAACUUGGUUAGGCCAUGAUUCCCAGUGUUGUAUGAUUGUCCACCCUUUUGUCAUCUGAUGUGAUUUUCCUACGUGUUGUAAAUCCUACCUCUAUGAUGUUAAUGAGGCGGGAUUAGAGGCAGUAGUUAUGUUAAUGAGGUAGGACUCAAUCUACAAGCUUAGGUUGUAUCUUGAGUCAAUCUCUUUUGAGAUAUAAAAGAGAGAAGCAAGCAAAGAGACAGGGAGACCUCCAACCACCAAGAAGAGCCGGAAGCAGAGCGCAUCCUUUGGACCCAGGGUCCCUGUGCAGAGUCACUCCUAGACCAGGAGACUGAAGACAAGGACCUUCCCCUAGAGCUGACAGAGAAAGCCUUCCCCUGAAGCUGGCUUCUGGAAUUCAGACUUCUAGCCUCUGAGACUCUGAGAGAAUAAAUUUGUUUGUUAAAGCCAUCCGCUUAUGGUGUUUGUUAUAGCAGAACUAGCUAAGACAGCUACUUUUAUUUCUCUUUUAUAGAGUUAAGGCAUCAUAUUUAAUUUUCAUUUUAUUUCAAAAUGAUAAAGGGAGACUAGAAAAUAGUUGUUUAAAAGGAGGGCACUGAGUCUGGUGGGGUUGACCAUCACUGCUCUGGCCUUUGCAAUGAAGGCAGCUGAGGUGGGCAUGUGGAGGUGU